AUAGGACUAAAAUGAGGAAAAUUGGAAAAAAAUUAUCGCCUAACCCUAACCUGUUACCCAUGUUACGUUCCAAUGUCCGACAACUUGGUUCGCAUACUUCGGGAGCACCCAUGUAUGAUACAUUAAGUGGGUCGACAAUGCUGAACUGAAAAGAUUCUGGGCUUUUCAAAUAAUGGUAGUUCAAUACAUAUUAGUGGUACAGAGCCGUGUUUGAAACGAAGGCAUAUAAAAUGUCACACAAAAGAAUUAUUUAUAUUUGCACUUUUAUUAUGCGUAAAUUUAUAACUUAUUCAACUUUUUUCUUUUCCCCUAAAACCAUUAUUUGUUAUUCUCAUGCCUAGGCUGGCGAAUGAAAAUAACAUGAACUUCUGCUUUAUACUCCCCCCAGGAAAAGCAGUAAUCUCAUACGUAAGAAUUUUUCAAUUGAGACAAAGUUUUGGCAAUUUUCCUGAAUUUCAGGUGGUAAAUGAAAAACAACAUGCAAUUAUUAAGCUAUCUCAUCCUCUUUAUACUCCCCCCAGCGACAAGCGAAAUUCUCAUACGUAAGAAUUAUUCAAUGAAGACAAAGUUUUGGUAAUUUUCAUGAUUUUCCAAUUGGGCAUGAAACUUUUUUGUUUGGUAAGUGUACUGAAGGUAAAUGGGUUGGGCAGGGUUAAAACCUUACCUGAAGUUUUGACAACUUUCCUAGAUUUUUGUCCUGUGUGAUGUAUUUUUUUCUACCAAUAAACGUUUAUCUAACUUCAAUUUUUUGCAUUUUCUAUCAUAAAGCCUAAUGUAACAUAUACCAGUAUCAUCAUGCUUUCCAAAAUGACUACCACAACGCUACGAAGCAUAAAUAACAUCCAAAAAACAAACGGAAUACAAAACUAUAUCGGAAUACUUUCAAGGCAAUUCUCAAUGUCGUUUUCCGUAUUGAAACCAAAAACCGGGAUUAUGAUGCUUAACCUUGGAGGCCCAGAAACUCAGGACGAUGUGCACGACUUUCUUUUAAGAUUAUUUUCUGAUAAAGAUCUCAUUCCCCUACCAGCUCAGGAUAAACUUGCUCCGUUGAUUGCGAAACGAAGAACACCAAAGAUAAAGAAACAAUAUAUGGAAAUUGGCGGAGGAUCUCCUUUACGACGCUGGACAGAUUUACAAGGCACAGAAAUGGUCAAAGUUCUUGAUAAAAUCAGCCCAGAGACGGCGCCACAUAAACAUUACAUCGGAUUUAGAUACACAAAGCCAUUAACGGAAGAAGGAAUAGCACAAAUGGAACAAGACGGCGUAGAAAGAGCGAUAGCUUUCACACAAUACCCACAAUACAGCUGCUCUACCACAGGUAGUAGCUUGAACGCCAUAUAUAAAUACUACCAAAACAAACCAAAAUCUAGGAUGCAAUGGAGCGUUAUCGACCGCUGGCCGAUACAUGAUGGACUCUUGAGCGCUUUUGCGAAAAACACUGCCGAAGCUCUGAAGAAAUUUCCCGAAGAUAAACGUGAUUCUGUCGUAAUUCUUUUUUCCGCUCAUUCAUUGCCGAUGUCCGUUGUAAAUCGUGGCGACCCGUAUCCAGCAGAGGUCGCUAGUACUGUAUCUGAAGUCAUGCGGAAAUUAAAUUUCAGUAAUCCCUACCGCCUCGUGUGGCAAUCUAAAGUUGGGCCGUUACCGUGGCUCGGCCCGCAAACGGAAGAUUCAAUUAAAGGUCUAUGCGCACAGGGCCGCAAAAAUAUUUUGCUUGUGCCAAUCGCUUUUACGAGCGACCAUAUCGAGACACUUUACGAAUUGGAUAUAGAGUACAUGGGUGAAGUAGCUGAAAAAGCUGGGGUAGAACAAAUAGUGCGAGCUGAAUCGUUAAAUGCAAAUGAAAUUUUCGUGAAUGCCCUCGCUGAUCUGGUUAAAGGUCAUUUAGAGGUCGGGGAGAGGCAUUCUAAACAGCUUCCUCUGAGAUGCCCAAUGUGUGUUAACCCUGUUUGCGGUAGGGCUAGAGAGUUUUUUCACAGUGGUGGGGGGACUUUAUAAACGUCUGUAAACUGCUGCCAUAUGGUUCUUUUAUCCCGCCAAAACAGCAUAUAGUUCAAUCUUUUCAGGGCUUAAAAAUGCAGUGACUUGUUGGGGCGAUGCAAUGGGUCAUAUCGAAAAUUGCAUGGGUGAUAUGGUUGCCACCAGUUACAUUUUUGUUGGCCAAACUGAAUCAUCUUCACUAAUUCAACCUUAUAUCAAAGACCUCACUUUCUCAGAAAUGCACGCUGUGAUGACCGCAGGAUUUGGCACAAUAGCUAGAAUGUUUUGGGUGCAUAUCUGAGGUUUGGAAUUAAAGCCGUUUAUGUCAUAUCGAAUAUUCGAAUGGAAAUAUUGUCAAGAAAAAGUAAAUAGUUACUUCUAUAUUCGUAAUUUAUUUUUUAUGUGACAAUGCAAGUUUUCCAAUUUAUGCAGUUAUUUGUUCCACUCCGUGAUGAAAAAUCGUGCCUCGCCAAAAUAGCAUUCCCGCCACCACCUCACCCAGUGUAAUAAAUCGUAUAGAACCAGGGGUUCUCAACCUGGGGUUCGCGGGGAGUUUUAAUGUGUUGUCAUUUUUUAAUACCCUUUACUACCAAGGGAAAUGCAGGCCGAUUGGAACUCAGCGCAGAUUUUCCUUGAUUUUGUGCUGUUGUGGCGUAACAACACGAAGAUUUAAUCUAGUUACUGUAGGUAUGGUAGCAAAAGAAUUUUGUAGCAAAAACUAGGGGUUCUGGUUGAUUGUUUCAUGGCUUGGGGGGCAUUUAGGUUGAAAACCUCUGUUAUUGACAUCGCUAAACUGGGAAGAUUCUCUCUUUAAAUAACAGAAAUAUGCCUUUUGCAUAUUGUUGGAUAUCAGUGGCUGCCAGUUUAGGCUGAAUUAUCUUGUACAUUUAUAGGAUUCCCUUCCUCCCCCCAUGAAUCGAUUUGCUUUUGUCUCUGUGACCAAUGGAAACUUUUCAAUAUCAUAUUUUAGCUUCAAGCAAUUUGAAUUUGCGUUGGGAAAAUGAAAAUAAAAACACAAACAAUUCUUUUAAUUUUUUGAUGCAAAUACACAAAUAUAAUCGUUAUAUUAUUGCUUUAUUUAUUAUACAUGAAGUAGAAAAUAUGACUCUGAUUGAGUGAAAUCCUACCGAACUUUGACCCCAGAGCCUGCCAUUCCAACAUUGUGAGGAAGUGUAACUAACAAAUUAUUGUUGGUAUUUUUAUUUCUACAUUUGACUAGAAAAUGUAUUAGUAUUUUUUUAUUGAACAUUGCUAUAAACGUAUGUAGUGCAUUAUUAUUUUUGGUGCCCUUUUCCUUUGUUUUAUACGGGUGGACCACCACAUACUCGUCUUCCCGUUAACUUGAACUGUUUCCAGCUCUCCUACCAAUCGGGGUUUACUGUGGUGUAAUGUACCACUAUAAAUACCCAGGUUCAGUCAAAAAAACGACACCAUUUUUACAUUCAGACUAUUUUUGAAACGAGAACAUUUUUUUUUUGGGCGCCCUGUAAAUACUGUAGUUUCGGUUGCUCCUAGCAUUUUAGUAGAGUUUCUAGUAUGCUCAGACGAGUUCUCACUUCUGAUGGAUUUCAAAUAUUCAUUGAUGUUGAAAGUGUCCCCUUUGGAGACAUUCGGUAUCCUUUUAAAACCAGUCCGGUGGCCAAAUUAGUCAUUCUUUCAUUGAUUUUCGUGCCGUUGCUCGGAGUGAAAGAAACGUCCACGGCAGGGGUGCCAACACGGGGCACGCGUGCCAAAUUUGGCACGCCUAACGCUCAAACGUGGCACACAAACGGUUUUGUAAAAAAAAAAAUUUAUGGUAUACAUUAAAAUAUCACGUUUAUAUCAAAAUCAGCAGUUUUUCAGGACAAUAAAUUGUUUCAAUAAAUUGAUAUCUGUUAUUAUGUAUUAUUAUUAUUGAAAUUUGUUUGUUUUGCGGGAGUUAAUUUACAAUACCACAAUUAUCCUCAUUUGUGUUGUGCCCCCUGGUCUACGGUACUUUAUAUUCUUUUAUAUCUCUAUAUCAUUCUAUGUUUGGAGAAAUGCUUAUGACUUAACUUUACACAACAAUUUUAAAACGUAAGCAAUGAUUAUUUAUUUUCGGUGACUUUUGUUCAAUUUCUUUGCCAUUGCUUGUUUCUCCAAAGAAUCGAUUAUGAAGCAAUAAAUGAUGAGCAAAAUGA